ACACUUUAUUCUCAACAAUUCAAAUUUAAUUAGAUUUCAAUGUGAGUAUCCAAUAUCAAAUUAAAAAAAAAAGAAAACUCAAGUUCAAAGCCAAAUUUGACAUGAUAUUAGAAUAAGUCUAAUUGAUGUAUUUUCGAACCAAUUGAGGGGUUGAAAAUAUCCCAUAUGAAAAAGUUCCACAUCAGUGCGAGAUGAAAUCUCUCGACUUGUUAUAAAAGCUUCCUAUGAGCUAGUUCUGGAGCGUGAGAUAUUACUAUCCAAAAAAAAAAAAAAAACCAAUAUGACAUUUAGUUGGAAAUCGAGUCAGCAGAAGUGCCUUAUGUAGGUGUGAAAGAGGGAGCGAGCACUCACUGCGGAUGUCAUGCUUAGACAUUAUGUACAACCAAAACUCAGCCGACCACAAAGGUUUUGGGACUCCUAUGAGUCCUCGAAUCUCAUUUUCAAAUGAUUUUGUCGAUUCAUCAUCUAAUACUCAACUUCAUCAAAUGAUGAGAACCUAUAGGGAUGCCCCUGUUUCCUCUGACUUUGAAUUCAAUGUCACUAAUUAUUCCAUGAUCACUGCUGACCAACUCUUUUCCAAAGGUAAAUUGUUGCCUUUCAAAGAUACUUCCUCUCAAAAAACUACUCUCAGAGAUGAACUUCUUCAUGAAGAUAAAGAUGAUGAUGUCUUUUCCUCUAGGCCCCCUAAAAGUUCUACUAGGUGGAAAGGACUUUUAGGUCUUAAGAAAUCUCACAUUGGCUCCAAAAAAAAUGAUAACAACAAUCAACCCUCGUCAGGAAAGAGGUCAAACGUAGUUCAUGAAGAUAUGGUUCAUCGAACCAAGAAUUCACAGGAACCAUAUAAAGGGGCUGGUGGAGGAUCUAGUAGUAGAGAUGUGGAGUUUCGUUUUAAUUAACAUUGUAUCAAGAGGCAUUAUCAGAUACUUGCUUCUAAUUUUAGUUAUUAAUGUGUUUAGUCUACAAGUAAUUGGGAACUUUUUUGUUGUAUUUUGCCAUGAGAGAUUGUUGAUGUUUUUUCAAUAGAUAGUAUUCUGUUCAACAUAUUCAUGUUAUGUCUUUUUUUUUUUUUUGCAUUAAUUCAUCUAAGAGCUUCAGCAUUGCCCA